GGUGGGCGGUCGCCAUGCUGCUCAGGCUAACAGGCUGGUGACGCUGUACUUUGGUUUCGUCCUUCUAUGGAUAUUCUUUAAGGAUCGAUGCCUAGUGUGGUGUAUUGGACUGGUUUGGCAUAAACAUUCUCAUGCAUUUGUUUGCCUGGCUCGCUGGGAGGAUUCAGACAUCAUCAUGAGGUAUGAAAACGAACAUUCUAACAGCACACAGGAGGUCAUGUGGGAAAUGUCCUAAUCCAGCGCUUUGCAUGAAGAUAUUUGCCUGAGCAUGGGUCAUUACAAUGAAAUCAUCAACAUUUCAAACGGAUGAGACAGUCGAUCUGCAUGUUGCGUGGCUUAUACAGCGUGAACGACAGAAACGAAUAGAGAAACGAAGGGGUAUCGGAUCUGUGAUCUUUGUCAUUGGAAUACCAUUAGCCAUCCUAGGAUUUGCCAUGUCGCUUGUUGCAUACUCGGAAAUAGUCGGAAAAGACACCAUUCCAUCCUUCCGGAUCACUGGACCCGUGUUCAUUGUGGUAGCAUUCGUAAUGUUUAUAAUCGGAGCCGUUCUAGCAGAGGUGCUGUCGAUCAGACGAACCCGUAAACAACAGUAUGAGGUAGAGAGUAUUGAGCUUCAAACAGAAUUCCUACAGGAAAAAGAUAAUGCUAGUAAAGAGGAUAGCAGUGUUGUAGAGAUUACGAGGGACAACGUCAGACGAAGUGGGGACGAGUCGUUAUUUCAACAAUUUAAACGAAGUUCAAGCGUCAUUAGUGAAUCUCUUGCGAAUAUGAUUCCGUCUCGAAACUGUAAAAUCGAGCCACAUGAGUGCGAGGAGGUCUAGCAGCCUUGGUUUACAGGACAAGAACUGCCAUCGUGUACUACAUGAACCACGUGUGGGCGCCCAUAGAUAUACCAGUUAUGUGUGAGGGGCAAAUUGAAAUGAAAACAAGUUAUGUGAAUUGAAGGUAGUUUCACCGUACUCGUUGUGAAAUAAGCUAACAAUAAUUUGUGUAUGAGAUGAUAUAAAUGUUUGCUAGUAAGCUAUGAGUGAAAUGAGGAUAUGCUUCUGUGAGCAAUGCAUACGUUCUGUUAGCUUUAUAUACGGCUGUACUUUGUAUGAGCCCAUGUCGGAGUAUAAUGGUGAACCAAGUAUAAGUUUAUGCAAUCAGUAAUUGUUAAGUUAUAUGUGAGCUAGUUGAGGUCUUACAAAUGUAAGCUAAUAUAAUCCUUAAUUGUUAGGUUCUGUGUGACCUGUUUUAAAUCUUACUAGUAUUAGCUUAAUAGAGCAUUUCACUCCCUUUAGAGUGACAUAGAGAAAUUCCAUCCCACGAGGGAAGAUUUUAAAGUUGCUAAACACGAGGCUUGCCCCGUUCCUAAAGGGGUAAAUGUUUCUUUUUCUCUUACCCUGUUGACCCUAACAAAUUAUCAAUUCAAUGUUGACGCUGCAGGGCAAUCCUUUAGUCUCAUCCUGGUGUGAGAUGAAAAUAAUCUUUCAUCACCUUGGAGGUAAGACAAAAAAAUAUCAAACCUCGGGGUAGGAUUCUUAAAUGUCUUUUCCGCAACUCUACCGAGGGCCGGACAUAAAGCUUUGGUCGAGACAUUUAAGAAUCCCCAUCGGAUGAAUUUUUUCUGUUUAACUCUAACAGUAGGGAAUGAUUACCCUUUUCCAAUACGAAAUACCAGUGGUAUUUAAGUUUAAACGCUAAAGUUGGUUUCAUAAUUUCAUAAUUUAAGAUCGGAGUUGUCUUCUGCUACUGUUGUGACGUCAUUGCAUUGUUGAUGCAAUGACGUCACAACAGCAGCAGCAGAAGACAGAAGAUGUAAUGCAAAUAUUAUGACAAGGGAAUCCCUCUGUCUUUACCCUUGUAUAAAUCAGGUAUAUCUUUCCCUGACCGGAAGUGUGGAUAUCUAAUGGCUUAUGGGAGAGAAAUCCAUGCCUCACCCAAGGGUUGAGACGGAGGAUUCCCACUUCAUAAGUGUAUGACGUCACGCAAACAAUACAUUGACGUCAAAAAUUUAUCGAACCUGUUUUGACGGCAAUUUAAAUAAAUUUGACAGAGUCAACAUGGUAUGAGAAAUAGAAUCAUUCACUCCCUUGAGGCGAGAUGGAGAAUCUCGACCCUCGGGUUGUGAUCCCCUAUAUCACCCCGCUAGGAGUGAAAGAUUUAUUCUUCUCACAUCGGGAACAAUGUGGAUUCACCUGUCCUUACAUCCUUAACCCGAAUGCUCUGUAUAAGCUAUUGCAAGUCUUACUAGUGAACUACGAGUGUAUUACUACUUACUGUGACCUGAUGUAAUCAAACAUGAAAAUAGUUUUAUUUUAAGCUCCGGUAAAGCUUUACGUACUUGUAUACUGUUUAUUUCAGUGUAUAUUAGUAAAGCUACCAGUGCUUAAUUGACGUUCCUGUUAGUGUAUACAGGCGAAUUAAAAAAUCCAUGUAAGUGUUCGAAAAUAAGUUUUGUGUUAGCUCUUGAAAAUUUGUAAAUGUUAACCACGUGUACGCCUAUUUCAGAGUUGAAAAGCGAAUCUCGUGUAAUCCUGUUUAAGAGUGCAAAAAGUUACCUUUGUGUAAGCUGUUUCACAUGUACAAAGUGGAAAAUUUCUGAAACCGUGUAAGCUUAAUAAGAUGUUUUAAAAUGAGCUUAUGUCAGUCUGGAUACAGCUGACAACUGUUGAGUAUUUACUAUGGUAAAUCAAUGUAUAUAAGCUAGGCAUUGAGCUGUGCACUCGUGCAAUAUUGGCUAUACUCUUUAAUGUUAGGGUAUCGAACUUUAAGUCAUCUAAUGUAGGGUUCGGAUUUUCACUGAUAGACAUUUGUAUACCAAUGAGUAAUGUGUGAGCUAAUACGACGUCAUAAAUGAUAUUCCGUUUUUGCUUAUUGCAGAGUUAUCUUCUAUUGUGAGCAGGUAUUGAUUGUUACGUCAUUGGUUUGUGUUAGA